AUGUUUGGAGAUGCAACUUCUAAGUCUCCUCUUGGUGUGUUCAAGAACUAUCACUUGAAAAUUGGAGAAUGCAUCAUCCAAACUGAUCUUACUAUCAUGGAGAUGGAAGAAGAGAAGGAUCUACCUCUGUUAUUGGGAACCCCAUUCCUUAGUACAACCCCAUUCCUUAGUACAGUUGGCGCUUCAAUAGACUUUCACAAGCAAGAGGUGAUUCUUCACAAGGUGAAUAGUUUGGUGUCAUAUCGCAUGCAGCCUAGACCUGAUAGACUUGUUCAAGCCCCUUGUGUGCUUGAUGAAGAGAGCCUACAAGCUUUGUUUGAUGAGCCACUAGGAAGGGCUCUAAAAGAAGGGGAGGAUGUAGCCUCUAAGGCAAGACCAGGUGAUAACUCGAUCGAGUCAAGAGAAAGCUCGAUCGAGUGA